UGUAGAGAAUAUCUGGCUAGAUUGAGGCCAGUUGCUGUCGAUGUCGCUUUUCAUUCUUCGUCCGUGUAACCUAGCAUCGGAUUUUCAGACCAAUUGUGGACUUGUGGGCCUUUUUAGUUUUGUUGUUCUUACCCUGAAGCAGACAUGAAAUUCUGUAUAUUUGAUGGAAGAAUCUAGCAAGGAGCAACGACCUAGAUGUCCAUGUGGAUUUUGGGGAUCAACAGAGACCUCGGGCCUUUGCUCCAAGUGUUACCGUGAAGCACAGAGGAAUCAAGGCCAGAGCAGCUUGUGCACCAGUGAAUCUUCAAAGUCUUCAAUUGGAAGUUGUCACAACCAGCCAAGAAAUCGCAGUGUUCCUACUAACAGGAUGGACUCGAAACAUUUCCCGUCCCAUUCCACCACAGACAAUCUACCGAGUUCCCUGAGCUCGCCUGGUGAACGGUCGGCACUGGCAGCAGCAGCAGCGGCCCCUACUCCUGCCACGGUUGACACGACAAGUGUUAGCACCAGCAGCACAAACACAGGCCCCAACCACAUGUCUGCCGUCAUAGCCUCCCCUGGUGGAGGCACCAGUGAAGAAAUGGGGCCCUCCGGUAUCAUCGCGGAAGCCAACAGGUCGGCUUCUGGUCAGCAAAUAGCAACUCCCAGUGAUUCGGACUCGCAGAGCUCUGCCUCCAGCGAUCAGUCUUAUGAUCCUGUUCGCGACGUCGAAGGCCGCUCUGCCGCCUCCUGUUCCUCCUCCUCCUCCUCGUUGGUUUCAGUCCCCAGCAGCUUAGGAAAUUCAUAUCCAUCUUCCUCUUCUACUACAUCCAGUACCAAGGAUGGUUCUUCUGUGCAAAGAGACACACUUGUGACAGUCCCAAAUUCUACAGGUGUAGGGCUAAUAAAAGCUGCUGCAACUGCAAGCUCUCCGUCGACUGCAUGUGGAGGGAAAAUCACAAACAGUGUUAUAGACAGUGUUGUUGUAGCAAAGAUAAAUCUCGCUUCUUCUUCCACCAAAGACAUUUCUGUAAAAUGUGCGGAGAAAGAUGAACAGGCGGGGUGCUCCUCCUCUGGCUCCAUAAGCCCUAAAGCACCCACUACAACAGAGAAUCGUGAAAACUCUACCUGUGAGGAAAAUAGCAGUCAGCAAUCGCCUGUGGCCAGAGGAGUAAAGAGGUCAAGAGAAGAAAUGGAAGCUUCCAGUGAAAACAAAACCGAAAGUGAACCUUCACCACAGAAAAAUAAACGGCGUUGCUUUGUUUGUAAUUGUAAACUGGAACUUGCUCAGCGGACCAUUGGUCGUUGUCGAUGUGAUCGAGUUUUUUGUGCCCUCCACCGCCUACCAGAGCUGCACAAGUGUGAUUUCAAUCACAAAGAAGAUGGACGACGGGAGGCUCGAGAGAAAAUGGUCGUCCCUACUCGACACCUUGGUACCUCAUUUCGACGAGAUCAUGACUUGUGAUGAAAUUCCCUUUGCCCCUGAAUAAUUCAGUAACCUCCAAUUUUGCCGAAUUUGUAUGCAGUGCUAGUGCACUGAAAUUUCUUUCAGUUUUUGUUGGAAAAGAUGAUUAUAUGAGACAGUCAUAAUAGAAACAGAGGACUGUAAAUUUGCACUGGUUGUCAAGUUAUGUUGUAUAGACUGAAGUGUAUAUGUUUCUGUGGGGCAUUUAAAGCUUUCCUUACAUAAUUUUUUGAGUGUCUGACAGUGAGCAUCUGGCCAUGAUAGGUUUACGGCUUCAUUUCUAUGAAAAUGUUGUUUCAUUUUCUUUCUGCCUGUCAAGUGAGGCAAGAAAUUUAAUUUCGAAGCGUUCUUUUGUCUAUGCAAUAGAAAUGGAAAUGAAUAGUCAUUAGAUUGAAAUGCACACCGCCCCCCCCUCCCCCCUCCCUCCUCCUCCAUCCAUCUGUUUGUGUGCUCAUGUGUUACUCAUACACAACUACCAUUUCUAUGCAUUUUUCAGAGGGCGUGUUUUCUUCAAUAUUCUCCCGUAAAAAUUGCUGUGACAGAGCUAUGGAAUAAUUUUAGUUUCAGUGUUGUUUUGCGAUAUUAUUGUGGAGGUUUAAGAGAGAUACAAGGAGCCAAUGGAGGCCUAUCACAGAUUUAAUUUUUUUUUUUUUAAAACAGUUGAUAUCUACUCCAUUGUUGUACUUUCUCAUUUUUGUUAGCUUUGCGCCAGAAAAAAUGGUUCUUCCACGUGGCAGUGGUUACUUCUCAUUCGUAAAAGAUUUGCUGAUAUGAUUUGUGAACUCAGUUAUUUCAUAUGAAUUCAGUCACUUUAUAAUGGAAACGCAAGCAUUGAUUGAGUAUCGUUUUCUUUUAACAUUCAGUUGGUGUGUCAAUUGUCUUUUUUAUUUUUUCCUUUUCUUUUUUGGUAACUCAUGGCAUCUUUGAUGCUAUUAUGAGGCGUUUGGUAAGUUUCAACACAGUACAAAUAACUAUUCAAUAUUCCUCUGUUACUUUAUGAGAUGGGGGGGAUGAAGGAGGGGGGGUUAAACUGGUAGUACAAUAUCAGUUGAGAUUAGGUACACUGUUUUACAAUGAUGAGUUUGUCCUCUCAUACUUCAAAAUUUUCCUUUUGAAAUGCCACUUUUGGCAACGACUGUGAUCUGGUACAGAUAACCUCCUCAGUAGUCGUUGGAACAGCUCUACUGCUCAGUGUUGGUUGGACUUUCCAGUAAGUUGUCACUUCGCUUUUGACUGCUCUCAUGGUGGUUUUAUGAAUUAGUCACUUCUCCUUGUUUACUCAAAUUUUGUUUGGCGCCAGUGUAAACCAAAAAUCAUUAUUUUGUCUGACCAGGCGAUGCUGAAAAGAAAUAAAAAUUGCGUUUUGCAGCCCUCCGUUGUGGAAAUUGAACAUUUUGGAUGGAACUUUCUCUUUGAAAGGGUUUUCUUCUUUUUUUGUGUAUGUUAAGUGCAUUCUAACCUGCAAGCAAUGUGGAAAUUAUAUCUUAUAACACACCCUAUGGGUGUGUAGUUUGGACCUGUAAUGGUCUGGUCCUAUGAUUUUGAGGGUUUGUUUCCUCUCUUAUUUGGUUAUAAUAUGUGAGCAGAAUAGUAAAAAUUGUGAUCCUUUUUUUUUCCGUCAUGGUUCCAUUAAUGUCACUGUCAUUGAUAAUUAAUUAUUUUGGAUAGAGUUUUAUUACAUCUUAUCUGCCUAAUGAAAUUAAACUCGCUGCCAUCUAAAAAU